AUGCAGAAUAUGUUACGAUCAAAGCCAACCAAUACACUUUCGAGCACUGCUAGGAGCUUCUUCCUUGGUGGUACAAGAUGUAAUGCACCAGAUGCCAAUUCAUGCAUGUGCCACGAAGACGAAACAUGUGUGUCAAUGAGACAACAGAGGAAGAACGAAGGUCUACUUGCGCCGAACCCAGCCUACAUAGUAUCGAAUACUCCAUAUCAAGUAGAAGGAAACCAGGAAAAUGGAACAGGUUCUCACAAGGUUCAGGGUGCUGGCAGUGUACAACAAGUUAGCUUUACUUCUUGCCGAUCAAGUAAAUCGGACUCUGUAAAAUAUGCUUCUAUGGCUGAUGAUUUUCAAAAUCAUGUUACACACUUACCGCCUCUUGAUAGUGAUCAGUUUUAUCGGGCUGGUAUUGCUGCGGUUAUUUUCAUUUCUGAUUUAGUUCAUGGUAAGCUUCUUUUAUCAGAUGGGAUGGGGAUACUAAGCUACUCUAAAAAUUGUAUGGUUGAACCCCUCUCGGCCAUUUGCAACAUCAAAUCUUCCAAUGUGAAACAAAUUAGAAAGGAGGACUUUACCAGUGUUCAUCCUAAACCACCUGUUUCUACUCAACCGGGGCCAUCAAACAAUGUAACUAGUUAUCAUGGUUCAAAGGGGAAAGGUGAUAAGUCAAAGAUAAGUAAAGGCUUUAAGCAUGUUGCUUCUUCAAUAACUGAGAAGUCAGAAGUAACCCCCAGUGUUCCUUUCAAUAAUCAUAACAGCAGACCCUUACCACCACAGAGGACGAGAACAUGUUCAAAUCAAUUUGUCACAAAACUUGGUUCCAACAGGCCAGCUUCUUUGGAUUUUAUACCCUGUUGUUUUCCCCGCCGCGGUUGA